AUGUUCGGUCUCGCAGGAAGAAGGACGGCCGUUUCCGGGUCCAAAUCGCUUGUAUCAAGGACUCUGCCUGCUCGCGUAGCCAUCGCCGCGCAAUCGCCGAGCGCUUCGCGUGGAUUUCACGCGACGCCAUGCAAUGAAGAGGAAAAGCGCCGGGUCUGGGCUGGGCGAGUGAAGACGCCCUGGAUUGAUGCUCUGAAUGAGAGUCGCGAGAUUCUGCCUCUAGCGCAAGAUAAAUGGCUGCUUGAUACCUAUCUCAAUGCCUCUGGACAUAUCCGAUUGGGAUCAUUGCUUAUGGACCUCGAUGCCCUGGCUGGUGUCAUUGCCUACCGUCAUACCGGUGAAGGCGUCAGUACCGUCACUGCGGCCGUGGACCGAAUUACCAUUGAGCACCCCCUCAUGGAGAUUUGUGAUCUGGAGCUCAGUGGUCAGGUUUCAUACGCUACUGGUCGAUCCAGUAUGGAGGUGUCGUGCCAAGUUUCAAAGCUUCGCCCAGAGGGACAACCGGCUCAGCCCGAAGAUGUGUUGAUUACUUGUGCCUUCACGAUGGUUUCCCUUGACCCUGCUACCAAGAAGCCUGUCCCUGUCGCACCUCUGAUUUUGGAGAACGCAGAGGAAGAGAAACUCUUCAAGAAGGGCGAGGCCAACUAUCAAGCCAAGAAGGCUCUGCGCACCCGCAGUCUCCUCGAGAAGGCUCCUGACGAUGAAGAGAGUAACUUGAUCCACUCCAUGUGGACCAAGGAGAUGUCAUAUCUGAACCCCCAAGUCCCAGCCCUUCGCCCGAACAACCAAGUCUUCAUGAGUGACACUGUCCUCAAAUCGGCAAUGAUCAUGCAGCCCCAAGAUCGUAACCGCCACAACUUCAUGAUCUUUGGUGGUUUCCUCCUCAAGCAAUCCUUCGAGCUAGCUUUCUGCUGCGCUGCCUCUUUCGCCCACGCCCGCCCCAACUUCCUUGCCCUCGACCCCAGUACCUUUGAAAACCCCGUUCCCGUCGGAAGCGUGCUCUACCUGCGCGCGACAGUGGCUUUCACUGAACCCGAGGAGCGCGAGGAGGGCCAGUCCAACUUCACCAAGGUACAAGUCCGCGUCGAUACCAAGGUUCGCGAUGUCGAACACGGUACCAAGAAGUCGACUGGUAUGUUCAACUACACUUUUCUGGUAGAGAAGGACAUCAACGUCAUGCCCAAGAGCUAUGGAGAGUUCAUGCUUUGGACUGACGCGAGACGUCGCGCUCGCAAUGCUGUUGCUAUCGACCCUGCACAUAAGAUGAGUGCCCUGCGCAGUAUCCAGGAUAGUGUCACGGAGUAA